CCGCCUUCUCUGGCCUUCUCUCACGCUCGCCCUCCUCAAAAACAACCCCCUGCGCUGUACAGACGCUCCCUCUUUGAGACGCAAAAGCAGUCCAUACACCGGAAAUGGCUACCACAGCAGCGAAAGCCUUCCCAUGGCUCGAAAGCCUCCAACGCUCCCUCGACAACAAUCCCGACCCGACCUCACGAUGGCCCUCUCUCGCAACAAUCAACGCAAAGACCCAGCCAACGGCCCGCAUAGUCGCCUUCCGCGGUUUCGUGAAAGAUCACAUAGACGAAGCUGCCCAGAAAAACAUCAACCCAGCUAUCCUGAACUCGAUUAUUUUCACUACCGACGCGCGAAGUGCCAAGAUUGAAGAGUUGCAGCAGAGGAGAGACGCGGCGCUUUGUUGGUACUUUCAGGAUACGAGGGAACAACAUAGGUUUCAGGGCACGAUGAGGAUUGUGGCGGGCCCGGAAUGGGAGUGGAGGGAGAAGGAGUUGAGUGGUUGGAAUGAUUGUGGGGUGGAUUGGGAGGAGGUUCGACGCGCGGAGUAUGCCAAAAUGUCACCCACAAUGAAAGCCACCUUCACCCACCCACCCCCCAAAUCCCCGCUCCUGGCAAACACCGCCUACGAAGCCGCACUCACCGACACCGCCUCGCCCGCCCAGCACGCCGCCGCGCUCAAGAAUUUCGCGCUGCUGGUGUUCAAGGUGCAUGAAGCGGAUCGAUUGGAUCUGAGGCCGCAGCCGUAUCUGAGGGAGUUGGGAGGGAGCAGGGAGGGGAGCGAGGAGUGGGAGAGUGCUGAGGUGUGUCCCUGAGCAUUCCCCUCGUUAAAGCGACGGUCGAUAGGAAACGGCGUAUUGUUUUUUGUAUCACCUGUAUAGCAGAUAGGGUUUUCUCUCUCAAUACAAAGCAUUCAUACUAUUCCACGACGGGCCCCCCCUCACCAUAUCUUCCCUCAACAGACCCACCACGACAUCAACU